AUGAAGAACCUCAUGUCCUUUUCCGCAUUCAUGCUUCUUCAACUCGCCCUGCUCCCUUGCUUCGCCAGGUCAGACCGCCGCUCGAACACGCCUGCCCUGGGGAACAGUCCCUCGCUGAGUAGCUUCAACAGCCUCAAUGCUUCCUCCGUUUCCGGCCCCGCUGAUCCCGACCUCAAGAUCCUCUCAAAGGUACCCUACGAGGAAAAGAUAGGCGGUCUCACCUUACGGAUCACCUCAUUGAAAGGCGGACGUUUCAUCUCGAGCUUCAACCUUCUUCCCUGCAUGGUCGAUAUGCUCAGCACGGCUUUCGACGCCAUCUGGAACGUAGUGGAGCAGCACCCGCAGCUGCACGAUAACCAGUUCAGCUGCUCCGAGAACGGUCUGACGGUCAUGGUAUCGUCGCAGAAGCCGCCGCUCAAGAGCAUGGAGUACAGCGAUCUUGUCACGCUGGCGAGAUUGCUCUUGAAUUUCCAGCAGGCAUACAGGUUACCUGGGAUUGCGUUUGAGUAUUUGGAAGACGGGCAGAGAACGGGGACGGGAAUGAUUGGUUGGAAUUAUGCUGACACUUCGAGUCGCAGCUUGGAACAAGUGUAA